GGGGGCGGAGCUUCACGAGCCAGCCUCACUGCCUGAGGGGUCGUGUCGGAGGAGGCAGCUCGCUCACCAUGCAGGCUCCCGGCGGCGCUGGUGGUGCGGAGGGUGGUGCUGGAGCGCCCGAUGGCGAUGGAAGCCCCCCGAGGGAACCCGAAGGUUGGAGCGGCACCUCCGACGAGGGCCCCCAGGCCGGGGGAGCGCCUCAGGUCGAAGGGGUGUCGCCUGACGGAGGGCAAGGUGAAGAGGCUUCGGCCUCGACCUCGGCCGCCUGUGGCGGAGCCUCAGGAAACCAGCUGGAGUUCAGCCUUACGGUGCCUUUUCUGUGCUACGUGGAUGCCGAAGUGGCCCGCCAGUGCCUGAUUUCGGAUGUUGAGCCCUUCCAAGGGGCGGUUCACACGGAGCUCACGGUGAUCGGCAACGACCUGGUGAUCAAGCUAACUGCUGAAGACUCGGCCCUGCUGCAGAUUUCCACCGCGUGCUUGCUGAACCAGCUUUCCCUGGUGGUGCAGACCAUGCAGCACUUCGUGCCUCCGUUUUUUCCGAAGCCUCGCCCUGGCAAAGGGGGCUGAAUCCACAAGAGAGUCCCAUUGCAGGCAGCACAUCCUUCCCUAGAAACAUGAUUUUUUGCAGGAUUGCCACUUAGUUUGGGGGGAUGUCAUUGUUUGCCUGCACUGGCCCUGGGGUACUCCUUACCCACUUGUUUUCAUUGUUCAAAUAUUUGUUACUGCAGAGAAUAAAUCAGCUGAUGUUAUGCA